CAUUGAAAAAAGCAUAGAAUCCGUCAACUAUUGGUGUGUGAGGGUUAUACACAUAUCAUAACCUACUAUUCCCUGUGAUUCAGCAUAAGAUCAAUGCGAGACUUUCUGUCAAUUUAAUUAUCAUUUGGUGGUAAUCUAUACCUAUUUUCCAAAAAAAUGGCAAACAAUACAAAUGGUAUUGAAAUGAAUAAAUUGGAUUCAAUGGAUGCGAAUAAGACGGAUGUGAACAAUAGUUACAGCAAUACAUACAAACAGAUCACCACUUGGAUCCUCUUCUACUGUGCCUUCACUUAUGGACUGACCACUUAUAUAAUCGGUCCGGCAUUAAAUGAUAUGACCAUUAAAUUGGACACCACGACCGAUAAUAUAACCAUCGUAUUGGGCUGUAUAUUAGUUGGCUAUACUUUGGGUGCUAUUAUUAGCGGAAUAAUAUUUAAUUAUGUGAAUCGACAACUGGUGCUGACAUGCCUACUGGCCGUAAUGGCCUGUGCCAUCACACUGGCCCCGCACGUGCCCAACAUUGGACUCCUUUAUACGGACGGAUUUUUCUGUGGUUUUGGUGCUGGAGGUUUCGAUACGGCACAGGUAGUCUGGCUCAUAGAGUUAUGGGCCGACAAAUCAAGCAUUUAUCUACAAGGCAUGCAAUUUUUCAACGCUUUGGGAACAUUCAUAUCGCCGCUAAUGUCGGCGCCGUUUUUGGCCGAAAAGAUUGAAAACCACACCAAUUCUGUCGAUACAUACGAUAUCUCAACUCAUUUUCUAAACAUAUCCAGCAAUGAAUUCACAACUCAUACACCAAAAGAGGUCGAUAUAUACACGAAAUCUCGAAUCGAGAUACCCUUCGGAAUAGUCGGCGCUUUACUGCUCACCUCUGGCCUACUAUUACUAGUCUUACACUUUUAUAGACGAUAUACACCACCACCUGAUCAGGAGGACGACUUUUCGUGCCGGUGUCCCGACAAGUGGACAGUCAUAUACAUAAUCCUCGGUUUACUUACAUUAGCCCCAUAUGUAGGCAUGGAGGUCAUGAACUUUCAAUUGAUCACCACGUUUGCCAAGUACUCGCACCUACACCUCACCGGCAGUGACGCGGCACUCGUCCAGACCAUAAUGGCCGGUGCUUUCGCCCUAUUCCGAGGCAUUAAUUUCAUCAUAUCUAUCAAGUAUUGGUCGGAAAACAUUAUAUUCGCAAACAUUAUCGUCAUAAUCGUCGGCAAUAUAGUGAUGGUAUUGUUUGAAGUGAACGGAUACUCGCAUACUGUGCUAUGGAUUGGUGUUAUCAUAACGGGAACGGGAUUUUCGACGGUGUUUGCGUCGGUUUACGCCUUUCUGGAGAAACAUUUGACGAUAUCUAACGCCAUCGGAGGUCUGUGUGUCUGUGCGAGUGGCCUAAUGGCCGCACUUUUGCCCACACUUUGCGGUCAAUUCAUUGAAGACAAUCCGUUGGCAUUAGUCUAA